GCCACCACAGCACCUCUAACUGCUGACAGUGUGAGAACCUUCAGCCAUGAGAACAGGCAGCUCACAGGCUGUCCCUGCAACAACUCUGGGCCAGACACAGACCCUGGUCCUUUUCUCAACUUUGCUGACUCUCGGUGUUUCUGCAGCAAGCACUGAAGUGUGGGUGCAAGUCAAGAUGGAGACCACCAACCUCUCAUCCUUCUCAGUUUGCUGUGGGGUCUUAGGAUAUGACCUCAUCUCCAUGGUAACAGUGAGCUGGAAAGGAUUUGUUGAUGCUGGAGAGACCAAACUAGCUGUGUUACAUCCAGAACUUGGUACCCAACAGUGGGCUCCUGCCAGCCAGGCCCACUGGGAAACCCCAAACAGCGUCUCUGUCACUCUGACCCUGGGACAAUCCAAAGCCAGAAGCUCCCUGGCCAACAGCACAUUCUGCUGCGAGUUUGUUAUCUUCCCUCAUGGUUCCAGGGUUGCCUGUAGAGACCUGCAUAGCUCAGAUCCAGGCCUCUCUGUCCCGACUCCAGCCCCCAUUUUUCAAGCACACCUGGCGGGGAUCUUGGGAACUGCAGGACUUUUCCUGUUUGGUAUCAUCUUUAUACUGUGUCUCCGGUGGCAGCUGAGGCUUGGUUUCAGUAAAUCUCAGCCGACCCUCACCAGCACCCAGGCACAGAUGCAGUCUCAGCUUCCGCACUUGGCCUCUACACACAGCAGCUUCAUCUCCAUUGAGAAUGGACUGUAUGCUCUGGCAUGAGCGAAACUUCCCCACACAGUUCCAACUUCCACUGGCUGGAGCAACCCUGGAAAAAUGCUCAGAAGUUCAACGACAGGUACCCUUGGCCCACUACAGACCUUUGGGACUUCUAUCUACUGGUGUCUUCAUCCUGGGCACCGGGCUUCUUCAUGAAUCUUGCUCUAGUCUUAGGCCUCUGAUAAGUGUCAUCAAACUCUGCUAACUAGGAUGUGGUUAGCUGGACACAGGGGUGAGUGGAAGAGUAUAAUGAAGGCCCAGUUACAUCCUGUUUUGCACACAUUUCCAACCGCCCAGAUGAUGUCUUUAAUAAUGUCAUUAAAGUGGUCCUUCUGUUUGGAACUUUA